AUGACGAUACCCCCCUAUGCAGCAGCUCUCGGCGUUGCAUUGUUCGUCGGUUACGCUUCAGAUUACUUCGCAGUCCGGGGAGUGUCAAUCGGGCUUUGUAAUAUAUUGACAAUCAUAGGACUUGGAAUCUACUUUGGUUCCCAGGUACAUCUAGUGCGAUACGGCUGCCUCAUUAUCGUUAUAUCCGGUAGUCUUUCAGUUGUUGGGCUCAUAACCGCAUGGGUUGCGAAUAACGCAUUUCCUUACAUACGAAGAGCAUCCGCUUUGGCGAUUUCUGGUAUGGCGUUCGGUAUGGGUUUGAUAAUGAUGGUCUGGUUGGCUGGGAAUAUCGGUCGGGAUACGAUGACCGUUGUUUUGUUGGCGUUGGCGGCAGCGGAAGGGAUGAUUUCUAUCGUAAACACCGUUUGGUUGAGGUGGAAGAACGAGAUGAUGAAUUGUAUGAGGGAGGAUGAUCGGUAUGGGGAUGAUUCGAAGUGGUUCAUGUAUACCCUGUGA